GCUGCCUCUGAGGAAACAUGGCGGGCAUGGAGCUGCUGUCGGACCAGGGCUACCGGCUGGACGGGAGGAAAGCCACCGAGCUGAGGAAGGUCCAGGCCCGCAUGGGGGUGUUCGCUCAGGCGGACGGUUCCGCGUACCUGGAGCAGGGGAACACGAAGGCUCUGGCGGUGGUGUACGGCCCUCAUGAGAUGCGUGGCUCACGGAGUCGGGCUCUUCACGACCGGGCGGUUAUCAACUGCCAGUACAGCAUGGCCACGUUCAGCACGGCAGAGAGGAAGAGGAGACCCCAUGGAGACCAAAAGUCCACAGAGAUGAGCCUCCACCUCAAGCAGACGUUCGAGGCCGCUGUGAUGACUCAGCUUUACCCGCGGUCUCAGAUCGACAUCUAUGUCAAGAUUCUGCAGUCCGAUGGAGGGAACUACAGCGUGUGUGUGAAUGCCGCCACUCUGGCUGUGAUCGACGCAGGCAUCCCCAUGCGGGACUACGUGUGCGCCUGCUCGGUCGGGUUCGUGGACGAGACGCCCCUUGCCGACCUUUGCUACGCGGAGGAGAGCGGAGGGCUGAGCUCUUUGGCCUUGGCGCUGCUUCCCCGGAGUGGACAGAUAGCUCUGCUCCAGAUGGACGCCAGACUACACCAGGACCACCUGGAGGCGCUGAUCGAAGCGGCCAUGACGGCCUGCAAAGGUGUGAGCAAGGUGCUGGAUGAGGUGGUGCGAAAUCAUCUCCAGGAAGUGUCCAUGCUCACUGGAGAGUGAUGCCUUGGAUGGAGUGUCUUGUUUUUAUUAUGCAUUUAUAGCAGUUACUUUGUACUUUUGUAUAUAAGUGGGGAAGCCAACAAUAAAUAUGUGAACUCUG